GUAAAAAAUGUGUCGGUUUCUUUUACAGCUUUAGGAAUCCUUACACAAACAGCAUUUUUUUUUAUAUCUCUCUCUAUAAAUAUACAUAUACAUAUACAUGUACAAUAGUCAAUAGACCUUCAAGAAUUCUAAAUUGGAGUAGUCAAGCACCUCCCAUACUUGAAGAAGACGAGAAGAGAAAAGGAGUAUUUUAAGUUACUUUCACAGACAAGUGUAUAGAAGUUAAACUCGAGGAAGAAAAAGGAGAUGGGGACGGGAAAGAAGAAGAUAGAAAUCAAGCAAAUAAUGAAGGAAACAUCAAGAAUGGUGACAUUCUCCAAGAGACGCAAAGGUCUUUUCAAGAAAGCUUUAGAACUCGAAUCCAUGACUGGUGCUCGUGUUGCUGCUAUUGUUUUCUCACCCACUGGAAAACCUUACACUUACGGCGAUGUUUAUUCUGCCAUUGACAGACACUUUUCUAGUUCUAUAGAUCCAUUAUCUGGUUCUGGUGAUGUUUGUAUAAGCGGCUCGAGAUCAACGCCGCCCUCGAGGAAUGGUCUCCGGAAUUGGUUAGAAAAUAUUGACGUUCAAGAAUGUGAAAACUUGAAUGAACUGUUGUUGUUGAAGGAGCAAUUGGAAGGAACAAGAGAGAAGCUUGCGUUCAUAGAGGAUUCUGAGUCUUUUCUGGCUUUGUUUAUGUGAUGAUAUAUGUAUACCGUUAAUAGUUCCGUU